AUGCGCCAAGAGAUCGGACCAACAACCGUCGACAAGAAGACGAGGAGGAUGGCGAUGUUCCAAUGUACACCACAAACUAGGUCAAUUGUUUCCUGGAUGAAGCGCCUGUCCAAUCUCUUUACCAAGGAAAGACACUGGGACAAAUUGUGUCCAACGUUGUCUCAAGGAAAGACACCGGGACAAAUUGUGUCCAACGUUGUCUCAAGGAUGUUGAGUGGUGAUAAACUCCAACCAAACAGAGCCAACUACGCCAUCUGGGAGCUAAUGAUGAGAGAACGGGCUCUCGAGAUCUUCAGAAACCCAACUUGGUACACAAAACCUUGCGUAGAUCCUGUUCAAGAGCAAAUUGGUAGAUCACUACUCCUUGCCACAGUUGACAGCAACAUGCAUUGCAGCAUGCUACGUCAACCGACUUGCCAUGAAAUGUUCAACUACUUAAACUUGAGGUUCUUUACAGUGACUCAAGCAGAACAACUCAUGUGCUGGGACAGAAUGAUCAACUUGAAGCUGUCCAAUUUCUCAAGCAGUGCUGAGGCGGUGACGAAGCUUUACAAAACUCUCAACAAAUUCAUCAGUUUUGGACUUGACAUCAACCGUGAAACAAUCGGAGGUCUUGCGCUUCAGAGCUCGAUUGAAGCAGGCUCAGAACUACGUUGGGAAGUGGACCGGCAAGUUGAACAGGAUCUGGAAGGAUCAAGCAAGAAGCUCUCCAAGAAGGCUGUCACGCCAGACCAGAUCCUCAAACAUAUUGAUAUUGUGAAACGACAAGUUGAUCUUGGUUCUUCUCGGACGAGUACAUUCUUGGCUUCUGUCCUGCAAGCGUACCGGUUGUCCAUGGACACACAUUCUGAUCAAGCCAAGGAAUACUAUGACCCUCAGACCUGGAAUGAUCAACCCAAACAGGUAGAAGGCUUGGCUUUGUCAGGUCCUCAGUGCUGGAACUGUCAUUCAACGGACCAUCUGCUCAGAAAGUGUUGCCUCCCACAACGGGCGGAUUUUGAUUGCCCACCAUUGUCGUUCAAUGCCUUGAGACUACAGACUCAACAACCUGGGGGACAUCAACUGACCAACACCCCACUGAUUGCGCCUGGAAACUUCCAGGCGUGGUAUCCAAUUGUCACCCCACCGGGCUACCAACAUUGCGGUUAUCAGUCGGCUCAGUCUCCUUAUGCCCCGCCACUGCCAGCAACAGGACCUGGUGGAAACCAGCCUGGGAAGAGAGCCAACUGGUACCGACCAGACUAUCGUCAGAAGCCGCCAUCCCAACAGCCCAGGCUGCAACCCCAAGCCUCAGUGAGCUCAGCCAACACCACAGGCCCACCCACCCAAUCAGACCAAGAUCAGACACGUCCACCGCAGGAGUACUACCGCCCACCGUCGCCAAUCCAAGAGUCAACCUCAAGAAUGAUAGAGAUUGGGGUGUUUGACAAAGGCCUCAAGAAUAAGGUGGUGCCCAGUUUCCGUCACCUCACGGUGGGUGAUAGCAAUGACCCUGUUUUGGACACAGGUGCCACUAACCACCUGACCAGCAACAGGGGCUGGGGACCUCUCUUUUCCGACCCGGAAUGGGCAAAUCACAAUUCUUAG